AUGUCCAGUGCAAGCUUCAAUGCCGGCCAAUUCCAUGGCCAAUCUCAGGAGAGGGCAGACCAAAGUGCAGACUUAGCAAAGCAAUCUGCAAGUUCCGCACAGAACACAGCAACUGCAGCCAUGGACCAUGCUUCUGCUGCUGCUGACUCAUCUGGAGGCCAAGCUCAGCUUCACAAGGAGGAAGCUGCCGGCUUUCUCCAACAGACGGGAGAGCAAGUAAAGAACAUGGCUCAAGGUGCAGUGGAUUCUGUGAAGCACACACUUGGGAUGGACAAGCAGAACUGA